CGCCAACUUGAUUGGAAACAGUCCAUCGUGGAACCUCGCUGGUUCAACUUCAUCUGGGACUUGGUUUGGACGCGGACACGGAGCUUACGCGACUGAAAGAAAGCAAAAGAAGAAUUCUUUCUCUUGUGCUGGACCACUACUGGGACCAGGAAGACGGGAUGCUGCGGUGAUGCUGCAGCUCUGUGUGGACAGGCAUCGUCACCUCCCGUGACGCCUCCUUCGCCGCCAUCGACGCCACCUUCGUCGUCGUCUUGGUCGUCAUCUUUGCUGAAGUAUAAAACAAGAAACCGUUUGACCAUUAGUUGAGGAAUAAUUGUAACUAGUGAAUCCGUUAAGUGAACAUUCCAACGCGCUUUGAUCAUCGAAGAAAGCGGAAACCCGGUUGCGGAAAUUAUGAGAGCUCUACUUGCAUUUUUGCUGGUCGAGUUAUGCGGCUGCUUGGUUAGUGCCCUUCCAAAGGACCGUCACACGAAGGAUGUGGCCAACGAGCCUUUGGUCGGUCACUCGACCAACAUCCUCACGGCCAGCCUGCUGAAGGGCAGCGUCGAUUCCCCGGCCAAUCAGGUGUUCUCGCCGGUUGGAUUUGCCUCGAUCCUGGCCAUGAUCAGCGAGGGUGCCGAAGGUCAAACCCGACAGGAGCUGUACGACGUUCUCAAGUUUCCCGCGAACAGGGAACAAGUUCGCAGUGCAUUUGAUGAAUCGCUGAAGCGCCUCAGUGCGCAGAAUCCAGCGAAUGAACCGCAGUUCAAGAGCUGGUUCUACAUAUACAAGGAUAAUACGAUCAAGCCGGAGUACCGCGAUGUGCUACAGAACAGCUACUAUGUAGAUGUUCGAGAUAUUGAACGUAACGAUUACAAUUUUGAUGAGCCAAAGACUUCGCUGGGUUCGAUCGAACCCUCCAUUGAUUUGACUCCGGACGAAGAAGCGAUCGUUGUGGGUCAAGUUGUCCCAUCUAAUAACAACAGUAAGGAUAUCAUCGAUUUCGAGGAUCUGAAGAUCAAAUCCGUUCCGCUCGACAAUGUACGAUCGGACGUCGGUAUUGCGACCAAAUUCGACGAAGUAGAGGAAGGUGACAAUCCUAAGUUUGAUAAGAAUAUUGAGGAUAAGCAAUACGUGGAACCGACCCAGAUUAAGGAGGAGAUCGCCAAGCAGAAGGACGAACACACGAAUGAAGUGUUGGACGAACCUGUGCUUAAGGCUGCCGAGGAUCGAGUGGACCAAGUAGUGGAGGAUGCUCCACAGAAGUUCAGUCUGUCGUUGAAGAAGCUCGAUGGUGAGGAACACGAGAUCAUGCAUGCAGUGGAGAGCCAGGCGUCUAGACAGAGGUUUAACGUGAGACGGUCAUUCCUGUCUGGAGAUGUUGCUUCGGCCUUAAGCGGUAAUUCUUUAGUCGGUCGUAGAGCUAAUGCCAAAGAAGGAGAGGAGGAUCAAAACGAGUCGAAAAUGUUGCUGUUCAAUGGAUUGUAUUACCGAGGCAGCUGGGCUAGUCCAUUCCAGAUCAAUUCCGACGUAGGCACCUUCUCCGUUAACGGCCAACAGAAACCAGUGACUAUGAUGCGUUCAUCGGGCACAUUCAGCAUUGGAUCAAGUCAAGAACUGGAUGCCAAAUACAUCCAACUGCCAUACAACAAUUCACGCUACUCGCUGAUGCUGAUGAUGCCCAACCAGGCCGAUGGUCUCAAGGAUUUGAUCAAGAACUUCAACUGCCGGAGUUUGAGCAGCGCUCAGAAGGAACUCAGCGAGAUGCCAGUGCAAAUCACCAUGCCCAAGUUCCAGAUCGACACCACCAGCAGAGCUGAGAAGGCUUUGGCUAAGCUGGGACUGAUCAACGUGUUCACCUCCAAGGCUAACCUGAGUGGAAUCACAGACGAACAGAAGAUCCACGUCGAUGAACUGGUCCAACAUGUGUCGAUUCGAGUGGAUGAAGGAUCAAGCAGCGAAACGGCUCUAUCCGCUACAAACAAAGUCGAAGCGAAAACCGCCGGUGUAGAAAUGGAAGAAUUCGUUAUCGAUAGGCCGUUCCUGUUCUUCGUGCGUGAUAUCGUCGACGACUUGGUGAUCGUUGCUGGCAAGAUCAAUGACGUUCCAGCGUUGGAAGAAUAGAAUGAAUAGUUAAGAAAAACACAAGACUUGAAUCCUCCACAUUCGACCCUACACAUCGUUGUAGGGUAGUGAAGAUCUUAACAUUAACGUUUUAGUUAAGCGUCGUCUCAUCUCUUACGAAUUGCAUUCAUCAGAGCACUUCUCCAAGGUUCACUUUUCUGAACACAUGCUUCAAAACUACAGGAACACAACUUCGCACACUAAAUACUCAAUCCGAGCACAGAUGUAACAUUUAAAAUUGCAGUUCCGUCUCUACAUUUCAAAGCAACGAUAGAUUCGCUUCCGGUUGUAAAAUCUCAACAAAAAAAAGUCGAAAGCUUACAUUUUCCCAUCUUGUGCUGGUGUUUCAUAAGAUGGCGAUAAUUGGCCAAAAAUAAAAGCAUCGGAAGUGAGUUUCAUAUGUGGACGUCCAGGCAAGAAUCGAUGCGCGGGUAGAAAUCUUUCCAAAAUAUCUUUUAGUAUUUUGGAAUUGUAUUUAGAAACGGCGAUGCUGAGAUUGUCCGCAUGAUCGUUCUUCGGUUUGUGGUGCCACUCGUUAGGAUAUGGAUAUACCGUUUUGACGCACACGUGAUGAAUGCAGUUUUGAAAUCUCUAUUCUUUUAUCUUGAAAUCGAUUAAAUUUUUCGAACAAAUUAUGAACAAAUAGAAGUAAGAUAACUUAUGUAAAUCUUAAAUUAUUUUUAAAAGCUAAGUGACAAAAUAAAUUGAACUAUUUCCAGAAACAUGUGUGUUUAGUUAAC